AUGGGAGUCCAUAAAUGUUAUCACCAUGGCAAACAUAUAGAGUCACGGCUGCUUCUUGUAAAAGAACAUGGUAUAUCAGAAAAGACACCGUGUGGGAUUCCUCAACAAGAUAAUUUUAUUGAUAUGGGACAUGUAUUUGAUCCUGACGAAGAGGGCUGCAGCUCAUCCCAAACUGUGGUACUUCAGGGAUGUGCUGGGAUUGGGAAAACAGCUGUGGUGCACAAGUUCAUGUUUGACUGGGCAGCAGGAAUGGUUGCUCCAGGAAGGUUUGACUAUCUCAUCUAUGUGAACUGCAGAGAAAUAAGCCAUAUUGCUAACCUUAGUGCUGCUGAUCUGAUCACUAGCACUUUUCAGGAUAUAUACGGACCAAUCCUGGACGUUAUUCUUGUGUAUCCAGAGAAGCUUCUUUUCAUUCUUGAUGGAUUUCCUGAACUUCAGCACCUUGUAGGUAACCUGGAAGAAGAUUUUAGUGCUAACCCCCAGGAGCAGAAGCCAGUAGAGACCCUCUUAUGUAGUUUUGUGAGGAAAAAACUGUUCCCUGAAUCCUCCCUGCUGAUAACUGCCCGGCCUGCAACCAUGAAGAAGCUCCACUCUCUGUUAAAACAACCUAUCCAGGCAGAGAUCAUUUGGUUUACAGAUGCUGAAAAGAGAGCAUAUUUCUUGAGUCAGUUUUCAGGUGCUGAUGCAGCAAUGGACGUCUUUUGUGAGUUGCAACAAAAUGAAACCCUUGACAUUAUGUCCUCUCUUCCCAUCAUCUCCUGGAUUAUCUGCAGUGUCCUGCAGUCACAGGAAGAUGGUGACAGGAGUCUUAUGGGAUCACUUCAGACCAUGACUGAUGUGUAUCUGUUCUACUUUUCCAAGUGCCUCAAAACCCUUACAGGCACCUCAGUGUGGAAGGGAAAAAGUUGCCUGUGGGGCCUUUGCUCUUUGGCUGCAGAGGGACUGCAGAACCAGCAGGUCCUAUUUGAAGUCUGUGACCUCAGGAGACACGGGAUAGGGGUAUAUGAUAUCAAUUGUGCUUUUCUAAAUCACUUUUUGAAAAAAGUUGAAGGAAGUGUCAAUGUCUACACUUUCCUUCAUUUCAGUUUCCAAGAGUUCUUGACUGCUGUGUUCUAUGCCCUAAAGAAUGACAGCAGCUGGAUGUUUUUUGAUCAAGUGGAGAAAACAUGGCAAGAAAUAUUCCAACAAUAUGGAAAAGGGUUUUCAUCAUUAACGAUACAGUUCUUGUUUGGCCUCUUACAUAAAGGAAAGAGAAAGGCUGUGGAAACUACUUUUGGAAGAAAAGUCUCCCCAGGACUUCGAGAGGAAUUAUUGAAAUGGACUGAGAAAGAAAUAAAGGAUAAAUAUUCUAGGUUACAGAUUGAACCAAUGGACUUGUUUCAUUGUUUGUAUGAGAUUCAGGAAGAAGAAUAUGCAGAAAAGAUAAUUGAAAAGGUGGUAAACUUAAUUGAAAUGGUCAUCACUCUCCUCUGCAUAUACUUCAUCAUUGAGGCCUCAGAGAGCCCCAGGUCCGUUGAGCUGCACAAUUUGCCAGUGUCUCGGCUACACUUGCUCUGCCAAGCACUACGUAAUCCAUACUGUAAAAUUAAAGACCUGAAGUUAGCCUGGGCCAGCCGCAGCUGGAAGGCUGCCUCUCUGCGCUCCAUCUCCUGCUGCAUAGUGAACUCCUUUAGGUCUGAAGCCAGGGUCUGUGCAGCGGACUUAUGCAGUUUGGCGAAGUCAUGCAGCCAGUGUACCCUGCGCUUGUGUAACUGGCCCUGCCUCCAGGCAAAGCGCACGCCUAGGGCCAGGCUGCUCCAGGCACAGGCCUCUUUGGCCUCACUGGACAUUGUGCUGUCCUCCAGAAUGGCCCUGAGUUUGUCCUCCACCUCCUCCCAGGGCAGAGAUGUAUUCUCGAGGUUGUGUGCUAGCUUUCGCCCUGAAAGCUCAGAUGUUGUUUGCAAAUAUCUUGCCUCUGUUCUCAUUUGUAAUCCAAAUCUCACUGAGCUUGACUUGAGUGACAAUCCUCUGGGGGAUACAGGGGUGAAGUAUCUUUGUGAAGGUCUCAGACAUUCUAACUGUAAAGUGGAGAAACUAGACUUGAGCACAUGUUGCCUGACAGAUGCUAGCUGUAUGGAACUCUCUUCUUUCUUGCAAGUGAGUCAGACUUUAAAAGAGUUGUUUGUGUUCGCCAAUGCCCUGGGGGACGUAGGAGUACAGCAUCUCUGUGAAGGUCUGCAGCAUGCACAGGGUGUAAUCGAGAGUCUUGUGCUUUCCCAGUGUUCCCUUUCUGCGGCUUGUUGUGAGUCCCUCACCCAAGUCAUGAGCUCCACCCGCAGCCUGACAAGGCUGCUUCUAAUUAAUAACAAAAUUGAAGAUUUGGGACUGAAAUUGCUGUGCGAAGGAUUAAAACAUCCUGACUGUCAGUUAAAAGAUCUGGCAUUGUGGACCUGCCACCUGACUGGAGAGUGUUGUCAGGAUUUGUGCAAUGCACUCUACACCAAUGAGUGCCUGAGAGACCUUGACCUCAGUGAUAAUGCCUUAGGGGAUGAGGGGAUGCAGGUACUGUGCGAAGGGCUGAAACACUCUUCCUGCAAACUACAGACCUUGUGGUUAGCAGAAUGUCAUCUUACAGAUGCGUGCUGUGGAGCCCUUGCCUUUGUCCUAAACAGAAAUGAGAACCUAAUGCUGCUAGACCUAAGUGGAAAUGACCUCAAGGAUUUUGGAGUGCAAAUGCUGUGUGAUGCACUGAUUCAGCCAAUAUGUAAACUACAGACAUUCUACAUUGACACGGAUCAUUUACAUGAAGAAACAUUCAGAAAGAUGGAAGCUUUAAAAGUGAGCAAGCCUGGAAUCACCUGGUAG